AUGGGUAUAAGAUGCAGACUUCCCACGCAGCCUCAGAGCUUGCUGCAGAUGAAACGGGACUUUUACAGAAAGUGUUCACUGCCAAAUAUUGUGGGUGCGAUUGAUGGCACUUUGGUGCCAAUAGUGGCACCAUCAGAGAACGAAGAGGAUUAUCUUGAACACCAUGAAGAGAUGAUCCUGCUUGGGGACAGUGGGUAUGUCCUCAAGAGGUACCUAUUGACACCCAUCGCAGUUCAUCGCAAUGAGCAAGAACAGCAAUACAACAGACGUCAUCGGCAAGGUCGUUUGUGUAUUGAGCGGGCAUUCGGUUUACUGAAGACGUCUAGAUUCAGAUGUCUUCACAAGACUGGUGGCAUUCUACCAUUAACACCGCAAAAAUGUGCGAGCAUGUUCAUGGCCUGUUGUCGGUUUCACAACCUGUGCAUGCAAAACGGACUACCAGAACCACCAGCAAUUGAUGAAGAAGAGGACCAUGAUCUGGCAGUGGCUGCGCCUGACAACAACGUUGGUGGUGUGGCAGUCUGA